ACCAGCCACAUGCUUGUUACUUUCAGGCAGUCAAAGGAGUACAAAAAAGGAGUUUCUGAUUUAAUACUACGCAAGAAUAACAAUGAACAAGGUUCAAAUUGUGAGACCAGAGGAGAGCCAGCCAGCACGUGCGGUUUGGUAUGACAGAAAGAAAUACGUCACCAUCACCUUCAUGGUUCAUAAACCUAAAGAUGUCCAGGUGGAUAUCCAGCCAGACAAAAUGAUUUUAUACUGCAAAAACGACACAGAUGAUGUCUUCUACAACGUGCUGCCCUUCUAUGAAAACAUUCAAAUUAAUGACUCCAGAGAAAGAGUCUAUGACCGCAGCAUCCAUAUCUUGCUAAGGAAGCUUAAGCCUGAUUAUUCAUGGCCUCAUCUCCAGAAGGAUGAGGCUAGGCCCAGCUGGAUUUCCGUGGACUUUGAUAACUGGAGGGACUGGGAGAAUGAAGUAGAAGAUGGAAAGGAAGAGUUCGAUAUGUACGCAGAUAUGAUCCAAGAAAUGUCUUCCAAGAAUAAAGGAGUAGCACCAGAUAUGGACGAUCUUGAUUCUGACUGAGUAAGCAUCAUCUGUGUUGAAGGCCACGGUAACUUGAUAGGACACUGAAGACAGUGCUAGUUGCUGAAGUUUGUGGAUGAUUUGAUAUACUCGUCCAAAAAUACUGUUUUUAUGUAAUUGAUGUUUUCUAUCGGAUUAUUUAAUGGAAUAUUAUUGUCCACUGUUUGCUGACAUAUUGAUAAUUUGAAUACAUUACAUGUUACUUGUUAGAUGCUUUUAUCCAAAGCGACUUACAUACUCAAUACUGUGGGCAAUCCCCACUGGAGCAAUUUGGGGUGAAGUGUCUUGCCCAGGGACACAACGACAUGCUGACUGCAGUGGGGUUUGAACCUGUUUGACCCCCUGAUCCGAACACCUACGGACAGCCCACUACGCCACACGCCUCCCAAUAAAAACAAGUGAAUCAAC